AUGGCUCUGAAUGAACGUCUGAACAAAUUUAAACAGCAGCAAGAGACGUGCCAGAAUACUCUAUCUAGCAUUUUUGCAAGCCAAGCUUCGAUUUCAACGCCAAAACUUGUUCCAGGGAUUCAACCAGUCAAUGCCCCAUUGGCUCCUGUAAAACCACUGCAUCCUAUUAAAUUCUCAAAUGAUACAGAAAGGCUACAGCACAUCAAUUCAGUAAGGAAGUCUGCUGUGGGAGUACAGAUCAAGUUAGUGAUUGGACUGCUUUAUAAGACAAGGCAAUCAUUUACAGCAAAGCAAGUAAACGAAGCUACCUAUGUUGAUAUUCAUGGCAACAAGGCUGUAUUUGACAGUUUAAGGAAUAAUCCCAAAGUUUUAUUUGAUGGGACUCGUUUCUCUUACAAGCCAAAGCAUGUUUUGAUAGGAAGAGAUGAAUUGCUUGGUUUGAUCAAGAAGCAUGAGUUUGGCCUUCCUGUUGAGGACAUCAAAGAUGCUUAUCCAUCUGUAUUGGAAGAUUUGCAGGCUCUGAAAGCAUCAGGUGAUGUCUGGUGGCUAUCAAGCGCCAACUCCCAGGGAGACAUGGCGUACUUUAAUGACCCUCUAUAUAAGAUCACGGUCGACAAUGACCUGAAGGAGCUAUUCCAGAAGACAGAGCUGCCACGGGACAUGCUGGACAUUGAGAAGGAGCUAAAGAAGAGUGUCGAGAAGCCAAUGACCAACACGACCAAGCGGCGCGCAUUAGCCCAGAUCCUUGACGCUGCACCCAAGACCAAGCCCAAGGGCAGCAAGAAGCAGCAGCGUCGCCUCACGGGGAAAAGCAAGGGGAUAACGAACAUACAUAUGCCGGAACUGUUCGAUGCUUGA